AAUCUAAAAACCCUAAUCCUCAACCCCUCCUAUCCCUUUUUCACUAAGCUCUCUCUCCCCAUCGUCCGCCUCCAAGAGAAGACAGAGAGGUCUCCUCACAACCACCGUAAUGGGUCGUGUCAUUCGAGCUCAACGUAAGGGUGCCGGUUCGGUCUUCAAGGCCCAUACCCACCACCGGAAGGGUCCCGCCCGUUUCCGCAGCCUCGACUUCGGUGAACGGAACGGUUACCUCAAAGGUGUCGUCACCGACGUCAUUCACGACCCUGGCCGUGGCGCUCCGUUAGCCCGCGUCGUUUUCCGCCACCCUUUCCGUUACAAGAAACAGAAGGAAUUGUUCGUCGCCGCCGAGGGUAUGUACACCGGACAGUUCGUGUAUUGUGGUAAGAAAGCUACCCUUAUGGUUGGAAAUGUGUUGCCCCUUAGAUCUAUCCCUGAAGGAGCUGUCGUUUGCAACGUUGAGCACCAUGUUGGUGACCGUGGGGUUUUCGCUAGAGCUUCUGGGGAUUAUGCUAUUGUUAUUAGUCACAACCCCGAUAAUGAUACCACCAGGAUCAAGCUUCCAUCUGGUUCUAAGAAGAUUGUUCCAAGUGGCUGUCGUGCAAUGAUUGGCCAAGUUGCAGGUGGUGGUAGGACUGAGAAACCUCUCCUCAAGGCUGGUAAUGCUUAUCACAAGUUUAGAGUGAAGAGGAACUGCUGGCCUAAGGUGCGUGGUGUAGCUAUGAACCCUGUUGAGCAUCCCCAUGGAGGUGGUAACCAUCAACACAUCGGUCAUGCUAGUACUGUUAGGCGUGAUGCUCCUCCUGGACAGAAAGUUGGUCUUAUUGCUGCUAGGAGAACUGGUAGGCUCAGAGGACAAGCUGCUGCUACUGCUGCCAAAGCUGACAAGGCUUAGGCCUAGGGUAUUACUUGCUGUAAUUUUAGUUCUUUUGGCAUUCAUAUUUUACAUUCAAAAGUAUUUAAGACCUUUAUGCUUGAAAAUGUGUUUGAAUUACCAGAUAUUGGUACUGUUUUGAGUUGUUUGAGCAAUGAUUUUGUUUUUUAUUCGGAUUUUUA